CGUCGCAGGCAUGAGGCGGACUGCACAGUAGUGACGCGUGAGAAAGUCGCCCUGCGAGUAAGGCGGGAAUAUAGAGUUGUGAUUGAAAGUGCAAUGACUGCGGCUAAGAGUCACUCUGGCUGUUGCUUUUGAUCUUGGAGGACAAGGGGGAAGUCGUGUUUGUGAGCUAGCCAUGAAGUUACAGUGUGAGGUGGAGGUGAUCAAUAGAAUGCUGCCCACUUUCGGCUUGAAAAACCGAGGGAAAGGCACUAGGGCAGUGCUGUCUGUUGGCAGGCAGGAGGGGAAGCGGGGAGCAGCCUACCUGAUGAUCUGCACCCUGAAGGACAAGUCUGGCUCCAGAUAUAAGCUGGAAAACAACAUUGAACAGUUAUUUACGAGAUUUGUGGGAGAGGGAAAAGCUACGCUACGGCUUAAGGAACCAGCACUGGACAUAUGUCUUAGUAAGGCUGAAAUAUGUGGUCUAAGGAAUUUUAUUUCUACAGUGGGACUGGCAAACAAAGGAACAGAUAUAGGUACUGUGUCAUUACCACGACUGACCCCAGCCAAGACAUCUGAAAUAGAGAAACCUAGAAGCAAACUGUUUAUAACUACUAAGAAGGAUUAUCCAAUCACGAAAAGCUUCCCUUAUUCAUUGGAGCAUCUUCAGGUUUCUUACUGUAAACUUGCAAGAGUUGAUAUGCGCAUGCUUUGCUUGAAAAAGCUUCAAAAGCUGGACCUCAGCAAUAACCACAUUAAAAAGUUGCCAAAGACCAUUGGUGAUCUCGUUUGCUUGCAGGAACUGAUACUGAAUCACAAUUUUUUGGAAUCUUUUGAGGUGGUUUUGUGCAGCACUACGCUGAGAGACACUCUGAAAUCCCUAGACUUGAGUGCAAACAAGCUGAAGGCCCUUCCUGUCCAGAUUUGCAAUUUCAAAGAACUUGUGAGCCUGAAACUAGAUGAAAAUGAACUCUUGCAGUUACCUUUCCCAAUUGGACAGCUGAGCAAACUUCGUUUUCUGUCAGCUACUAAAAAUAAACUUCAGUGUCUUCCAAAUACUUUUAAAAAGCUCACACUUGAAAAUCUAGAUUUGUUUGGAAAUCCUUUUAUGCAAGCCACCCCUCUGGUUCCUGACAUACAGUUGAAAAUACCAUUGCCUUUGCUAGAAACUGCAGCAAGAGCAACUUUAAAGUACAGAAUUCCUUACGGACCUCAUCUCAUCCCUGCUACCCUCUGCCAAGAUCUGUCCCUGGCUAAAACAUGUGACUGUGGCCUCCCCUGUCUCAAUUCCUUCAUUCAAACAGUUGUACUCAUGAACCUCCAUCAGGUGUCUCAAACGGUGGUCCUUGUUGAUACAAUGGGAGGAACAGAUGGACCCAUUGUUUGUUACUUUUGUUCUCUAACCUGCUACUCUCAGUUUCUUGAUAAAUACUUGCAAAGCACUAGAGUUUAACUUCCAAGAUGCAGAGCCAGUUAUUUUUUUAAAUUAACCAAGACCCCAAUUAUCCUGUUCAUGUAAUAAAUGUAUGAUCAGCACUCACACAGAAAAGGAACAGACAUACAGUAUAUCCAUAAAUGUUCAAACAAACGCAUGUGUGCUUUUCAUAUAACAACAGAGUGAUUGUUCCAUCAGCUCACAAUAAAGCUUUAAUGGGUAAGUGAUUAGGAGGCCUCACAGAAAGGUGGAAAUAUUAGGGGUUUGUCAGCCAUUAUCUCUUUCAAGCACUUUAAUCUACUUUUUUUUUUUUGUUUAGAUUGUUGCAACCUUAACCAUAACUUUGCCUUUAUUUCUACUCAACAGUAAGCAUGUGAUAAAUUCUGCCUGGUACUGCUUCCCAGGUAUGGCAGUCUGAAAGUAGUGGCCCCUGUUCUCCACCUUCCAUUUAUCUUCUGGUCUAGUUCACAUUUCCCUCUGAAGCAUUUUGCACAUGUGCAGCAUUGGCCUGGUUGUAUGCAAAUAGAUACAGUACGGCACAGUGAGAGGUAUGUAGAGGUGACAGCAGUUCAUCAGACCUGUUCUCUAAGUGCUUCUAUUUUAAGUGCCAGUUAAAAAACUUAAGUUCUUGUACACAUUUUUUUACACUUUAGUCUUAUUUAUUUUGUGGGCAAUUCAUGAAUGUAUAUUGUUGAUAAUCAAAGCUAUGUUUAGACAAUGGAUAGAAGUUGCUUGGACACAGUAAAACUGAUGUAAUAAUUGGUGUGUCAGUUCGAAUUAAUUAAUUUUCUGAUGGCAUUGCUUCUUUAAAGAAUGUGUCAAUCCAAUGUAUUUAUUUUAAAGUAGGGAUGCACCGAAUCCAGGAUUCAGCCUUUUUAUCUAGAUUCGGCCGAAUCCUUCUGCCCGGCCAAACCGAAUCCUAAUUUGCAUAUGCAAAUUACAGCGGGGAGGAAAAAUCACGUGACGAGGAAGUAAAAAAUGUUGUACCCGUUCCCACCCCUAAUUUGCAUAUGCCGAUUCUUUCACAAGGGGUUUCGGCCGAAUCCAAAAUAGAGGAUUCGGUGCAUCCCUAUUUUAAAGUCUGUAUAAAUUUGAUUGAUUCCUCAAUUAGUUAAAAGACAAUGUUUUGCAUAAGGUUUUACACCCACA